GUCAUAGUUUUGAGGGCAAUGAGAACAAUGACUUAAGAAGAGCACUGGAGUGCGCUAUUUAAGCAGCUUAGCAGGGCAUUCAAAGCAAAAAAAAGAAGGAAAAAAAAAAAAAUUGGCAUUCAAACAUUAAUUGUUUAGCAAUCUUUAAACAAGCAAGGGGAUGGAGGUGUCCUCAAUGCCAACGAAGGACGGUUCCAUUGCUGAAUGGGACUAUGAUUCCAUCCUAACAAAAUUGCGAGAUACAGAAUGUUCUCUUCUCCUUGAAAGAUUCUUCGACUCAAAUACACUUCUUCAUGUUGCAGCAAGCUUAGGCCAUGAUCAGACCGUAGAAGCGAUCCUCUCGAAACAACAGUGCCAGCAACAACUUUUAACGGCAACGAACUCCAAUGGCGACCUUCCUCUUCAUGUAGCUGCAAAUGCUGGGCAUCUGUCCAUAGUUCAACAAUUGGUCGAGCCUUCUCACCAGUGUCAAGAACUUUUAAUGGCAAAAAACUCCAAUGGCGACCAUCCUGUUCAUGUAGCUGCAAAUGCUGGGCAUCUGUCUGUAGUUCAAUAUUUGUUCUCAUUUUCUUACGAGUACCAAGAACAAUUAAAGUCAGAGAACUCAGAAUCCUGUGACGACCCUGGUUCAGUUGAGUCCAAUAUACAGCAGCAGCUAAAUGAUUUAACUUCUAAACUACUAAGGGAGAAAAAUAAUGAGGGGAAUACUCCUCUGCAUCUGGCCUUGAUAAACAAAUAUGAAGAGAUGGACGUGAAAUGCAAGUACAACGAGGUGGCAGAGUUUUUAAUUAAGGAAGAUCCAAGUGUGUGCAAUUAUAGGAAUAAAGCAAGCAAAAAUCCUCGACGUUUGGCAAAAGAAGCUAAAGAUGAGGACAUUUCGAAGCUCAUAUCUGGUAAGUCACCACCCAGAUAUGCAGGAUUUGGCACAGCUAAGACGUUAAAGGGAGUUCGCCACAACUGCAAGUCAAAAAAUAGAGCAAGAUCUAGAACAUUCUGCUCUCUCUCUCUCUGUGACAAAACUCCCGAAAGUACGAUUCGGCUACAAACGCUAUCCUCCGCUUCCAGUGCUCCUGAAAUGAUCACACAGCGUAGGCCCAUAGGUAAGCCGCCAAAGAUAGUUCCCAGCAAACGCAAGUCAAAAGACAAAGUUACAAGCAUGGAUGGUGAAUUGUACAAGGCUGUAAAGUGUCGGGAUAUUAAUUUUAUCCGAACGCAAAAUCCAGAACAUUCUGCUCUCUCUGACAGAACCCCUGAACUAAAUACAAUCCUUCAUCUUGCUGCUGCAAGCUCAGGUGAUCAUCGAUUUGUAGAAUCGAUCCUGAAGAUCCCGCCGUGCCAAAAAUUUGUCACGGAAAAGAACUCCAAUGGCGACCUUCCUCUUCAUGUAGCUGCAAGUGCUGGGAAUAUACAUAUGGUGGAACAUUUAGUCAAGUGGUCUGACGAGCACUUGAAAGAUCCCUCUAAUUGUGUACCACUAGUGGAGAAAAAUAUGGAGGAGAAUACUCCUUUGCACCUAGCGUUGAUAAAAAAGGUGGCCAAGUUCUUGGUUGAGAAAUGUCCAGAAGUGUCCUUUUAUCCAAAUAAGGAACGCAAGUCUCCUCUCUAUUUGGCGGCAGAAGGAGGAGAUAAGGAACUCGUGAAGCACAUGAUAACUACAAACCGCCUGGCACAUGGCAAAUCAAUUGUGCACGCUGCCCUUUAUUAUCUCACGACAAUUGACCUGCCAUAUGGCAGGUCAAUUGUUCACACCGCCAUUUAUGGUUCCUUUACUGCGAGGAAACUUAGGUGUCUCAACACACAUGCUGCUUCUUUUCUUUGCCCUUCAAUGUGUCUCAAUACAAAUACAGAUAUCCUAGAUACUGUUUUGAAAAGCCUACCAGAUGAUAUCCUCAAAGAGAAAGACGAUAAAGGCAUGACUCCUCUUUUCUAUGCUGCAUCAAUAGGUUAUCUUGACGGUGUUGAAAUAUUACUAGAAAAACCUACAUGUUGUGCAUAUGAGAGAGAUACGGAUGGCUAUUAUCCCAUUCAUAUAGCGUCCAAGAAAGGUCAUAUUCAGGUAAUUAAAAAGUUUCUUGAUAAAUAUCCAGAUAUGAUUGAGUUGCUCAAUGAAGAGGGCCAAAACAUUUUGCACGUAGCUGCUAUGUAUGGGAAAGUCAAAGUGGUAACUUAUAUGCUGAAAAGACAUGAUCUUAAUGUUGAAAUGCUUAUCAAUAAUAAAGACCAAAAUGGAAACACGCCUUUACAUUUGGCCACCAUGGAAGGGCAUCCUAGGGUUGUUUGGCAUUUGACAGGGGACAAAAGAGUUGAUUUAAAGGCUUUGAAUAAAGAAGGCAAGAGAGCGCUUGACAUUGCAUUGAAUGACAGUAAGGAAGAUCCUCAUUUGGAGAGGUAUCAAUUGACAUGGGAAGCCUUGAGAUAUGUUAGUGGCCCAACGGAGACCCCGCAAAGUCCAAAGGUUGGAAAGACACUAAGCGCAGACAAAUACAAGGAAAGGACUGAAACUCUCUCGUUGGUCGCAACCCUUGUGGCCACUGUAACUUUUGCUGCGGCUUUCACCAUGCCAGGUGGCUACAACGGCCCCGGAGGAAUGGCAACUUUCCUAGAAAAGCCCAUGUUCCAAGCAUUCGUAAUUAGCAACACCGUAGCUAUGUAUAGCGCCAUUACUGCUGUUAUUGCUCUCAUUUGGGCCCAUUUAGGUGGUCUUAAGCUGUUCAUUGCUGCGUAUAAGUUUAGCUUGCCAAUAUUGGGACUAGCUAUAACAAUGGCCUCCUUAGCAUUCAUGGCAGGUAAUUAUCUAGUAUUGAGAGACCUCAAUUGGCUUGCCUAUCUAGUUUUGAGCAUUGGCUCAUUUUUCUACUUCACUCUCUCGACAAUAUUUUUUCUACUUUUUUUCCCAAAUUCCUCGCCCAAUCCUAUCAUUCGUUACCUUCUCCGCUACCCAUUUUACCUUCUGAUUAUGGUUACUAGCUAGAUGUGACACUGAUGAUAGGGAAGGAGAGUAGUCUCCUCUACAUAUGUUGUCUGUAUACGGACUUGACAUUGGACAUGCUUGCAGAGAUGGAGAACAUUAAUUUAUUUAAGUUGGUCGUUAUUUUAAUCUCUUAAAAUUUGCAUAAACUCUUUAAAUAAAGAUAUUCAAAUAUCAUGUCUAAGGAGGUUGGGUUUCCUCCAAAAGCCCAGUAUUGUAUUUUCCUGAAAUUCUAUUGUUGCUCUUAUAUACAACUAUAGUGUAUUUAGUCUGCCA